AUGGGAAGCUUUCUAUCAAAAAGUUUAUAUGGUUUUGGACAUUGUAAAUAUAAUAAUGUUAGUACUGGUGAUUAUGGUGAAUCUUUUAUAAAUAAAUCAUUAGAAUCAGAUGAUACAUUUCAUUUGAAUCAUCAUAUACAAAGGGAAUUAUGGCAAUCUAAUUUUUCUUCUCCAGUUGAAGAUUUACUAAAAAAUGGCAGCGCCAAAGUUUUAGAUGUUGGUUGUGGGCUAGGAACUUUUUUAUGUGAAAUAUCAUCAUAUUAUCCAAAAUCAGAAUUUAUUGGAAUUGAUGUACUGUCGUUGUUUCCAACAAUUAAACCAUUCAAUGUUAACUUUAUAAAAAAAAAUAUUAUAGAUGGUUUACCAUUUGAAGACAACUCAUUUGACUUUGUACACAUCAGAUCUUUAUUUUAUGAUUUCACAGAGUCUCAAUGGAUGAAUAUUAUUUACAAAGAAACAUUGAGAGUACUUAAACCUGGUGGCUGGCUAGAAAUUGCUGACCCAGAAACGAGAGCUUAUAAUACUGGUCCAUUGACUGAUUUUUUGCUCAAAUCAAUAUCUAAAGAUGUAAGUUUAAGAAAUAUAAGUUCUUGUAUUGUUGACAGCCAUGAUUCAAAUCUUCGUACAAUUAUUUCUAACAACAAAAAUAUUAAUGAACAAAAGGAAAAAAUAGUCAUACAUCACGAUAAAAAACUUUACCAGAUUGGUAAAUGGUCAGGGAAGAUUGGAGAAGCAACAUCGAUAUUUAUGAUUGGUAAAAGUUAG